UGUUUUUCAAUAACAAACAAAUCUAAUCAUAAUUAAUUAAGCGUUAUCUAUAAGAAACUGAUCUAAAAAUGACUACAAUUUGCAAAUAUUGCAAUUUACCUGAAGACAAACAAGAUAAACCUGGUUUGAUAUGCGAGAUUUGUAUUUGUUUCGUGCAUUUAACGUGUUUACGGCGGCAAGGAACACCAGGUGACUUUUCUUGCGAUGUUUUCUUUGAUUUCACUUGCGAAGACUGCUCCCCGGAUAAAAAUGAAGUGUUUACAAGGAAUAGAUUCCCAUGGGUAAAUGUCCUGCUGCUAACCCUGCACCAUCUUGGCCAGCACUCGUAUGGCAUCAGCAACCACGGGUUCUUUCACUACAAGACUCACAUAUGCUCCUUCAUCGACAGACAGUGGGCGCUCUUGUUUGGGCCACAUUUCAAGCAGAAAAAGAACUGGGUGGGCACAAUAGCAGGCGCUCUCUCGGUGUACAACCAGCUGUUUUUUCGCUCGGGCUCCGUCGCGCUGGGCGAGAGCGGCUGGUGGAAACUCAUGCACAACUUCUCGCCCGCUGUGGCCGCGCAUGUUAUUCAAGAGAUGGCUCGUGACAAACCAAAAGGGCGGCCACGCAAUCAGAUUGCCUUGGACAAAACUCUUUUUAGAGCUAAAAUCACUGAAAUGGGAUAUCAAGACCUGAUCAACACUGCGGCAGACGUGCCCAUCCCGGGAGUAGAACCUGCGGCCAAGAAACGCAGGCUGGACUCUGAUGAGAUGAGCGGUAUAUCUAGCACGUCGUACUAUGAUCUUCUGGAUUCUGACAGGACGGAGGUCCCGGGCGAGUGUGAGCUGCUGGAGGACGCGCUGCCGUCUCUGACGCGAGACGCCCUCUGCGAGGAGGCGGGGUUCAGGGGGUUCGAAUUCACUCCAAUAGGGUACAUGCCACCGCAGAUGUCGCAGAGUGAUUCUUCAAGCAUCCACUCACUGCAGCAAACGCCUCUAUAUUACGACUCCGACGCCCGUAGCGCCUCCCCAAACCUGACAGAACAAGAGGAAAAACCCGACAAAAUUAAAAAGACACCCAUCGAAGAGAAACCUAUAGAGCGAAGAGAGAAUCUAUUUUCAACCGAGUUAAACUCUGUUGACUUACCAUGGGUAGAGAAACCUCCUGAAGAUAGCAAAGAUUUAGUGGAAAUGUCUGAAUAUGAUGAAAUACAACUUUUGAAGCAAGUUGAGAAUUUAAUACCUAAAGUUAAAGAUCCUAAUAAAAAGGCAUAUUUGUACAGGUUGAAAGCGAAGUUAGCGUUGCGGAGGCUGAAACGGCACAAGCAUUUGCCUAUUUUUGAUUUGGAUAAAACUGUGAAGUUAUUAGGUGGUUACGUACAAGAGGACAACAAAGUAGUGGUCAAUGCUGAGAGAAUAUUGGACAGGUUUCAGAGAUCUUACCUGAUAGACAACCUCAGUGGCACCAUAGCCAACACACACCCUGGGCCGCUGCUGGUGUCCCGGCUGCUUCCCACCACCUUCCGCUCCGGGUACUCGGGCGCGCAGCUCAAGCCGUACAUACGACGGGACCAACACUCCACACCCUUGUGGCUGAAACUGAUGGACGAACUGCUCAGGAAGACCCACAGACACGUGAAGAACUACGAGCCUCCCCCCCGCGCGACGAUAGACUACUCGUAUGUGCGGCCGCAGCACGUGGCCGCCGUCAACAGCCUGUGUGCACAGCACUUCUGGCCCGGGAUAGACUUGACAGAAGCGCUUGAGUACCCGGAGUUCAGCUGCGUGGUGACUUACAAGCGCAUGGUGGUGGGGUGCGCGUUCCUGGUGCCCGACGUGCGCGCGCACGAGGCCUACAUCUCGUUCGUGCUCACGCGGCCCGAGUGGCGGCGCGCCAAGAUCGCUACCUUCAUGCUCUAUCAUCUGCUACAGACUUGUACGGGCAAGGAUGUGACACUGCAUGUGUCACCUACAAACCCUGCCAUCUUUCUCUACCAGAAGUUUGGAUUUAAGGUGGAAGAACUCAUUCAAGAUUUCUACGAAAAAUACUUCGACAUAGAUUACAAAGGAUGUCGGCACGCACUUUUCUUAAGACUUGUUAGAUGAAUAAAUAUAAAAAUUCA